CCUAUUUGACACGUAUAAUCUCUGGAUUUCCCAGCUCAACUGCCACGCUCUCUCUCUCUCUCUCUCUCUCUCUCUCCCCGCUUGUGUACUGUGUAGUUCUGAAUUCUUAUCCAUCGAUUCAAACUUCCUGCCAUACGCGCAACGGAUUCAUCCACCCACAUGCGAUUGUACUCUCUCGCUCCGUGAAGAAAAUACUAUGGAGAAAGCUCUGCUCGGUGGAGAAAGCAGCGGCGGCCUCAAAAGCACCUUUAGCAGGUGGAGAGAUGAGUCGGCGCAUUUCCUUCGAAGAUCAGACGCCAUCUCUCAGGGCUCGCUUUAUCAGAAAGCCGCCGCACUUGUUGAUCUGGCUGAAGAUGGUGUUGGUCUACCUGAGCAAAUUCUGGAUCAGUCAAGCUAUGAAACUGCAGCAAAGAUUUACUUCAUAUAUAUUCGAUUGGAUUUUCUUUGGGCCCUUAAUUAUUUUGCUUUGAUAGUUCUAAAUUUCCUUGAGAAGCCGAUGUGGUGCCAUAAGUAUUCUGAAGAUUCUUGCAGUAAUAGAGAGUAUUACUUUCUAGGAGAAUUGCCAUACUUAACUGGUGUAGAGUCUCUUGUUUACGAGGGUGUAACUGUUAUCAUUCUCAUCUUACAUACCUUCUUUCCCAUAUCAUAUGAAGGAUUUCGCAUCUACUGGAAAAGUCAUCUUAAUAAACUUAAGGUCAUUUCCCUGUUAAUCUUGGUUGCUGAUUUAUUAGUCGAUGUUCUGUAUGUAUCUCCAGUGACCGACUUUAACCUUCCAUUCAGGGUUGCCCCUUACAUCCGGGUUGUUGUUUUCAUUCUCAGCAUUAGGGAGUUACGGGAUACUAUCCUCAUCCUAGCUGGAAUGCUAAGCACUUACUUCAAUGUCGUGGCUCUUGGGCUUUUAUUUCUUCUGUUCUCCAGUUGGGUUGCAUAUGUCAUGUUUGAAGAUACAGAACAGGGGAAGACAAUUUUUACUUCUUUUGGCACUACAUUGUACCAAAUGUUAAUUUUAUUCACCACAUCCAACAAUCCGGAUGUAUGGAUUCCUGCGUAUAAGACUUCGCGUUGGUUUUGCCUUUUUUUCAUCCUUUACGUGCUAUUGGGUGUUUACUUCGUCUCUAACUUGAUCCUCGCUGUUGUAUAUGAUAGCUUCAAAAGUCAGCUUGUAAAACAAGUGGCUGAAAAGGACCGUAUGAGGAAACGAAUUUUGGGAAAAGCCUUUAAUCUCAUUGAUAAGAAUGAUCAGGGAUAUCUUGACAAAGAUCAAUGUAUCCUUUUGUUUGAAGCGCUCAAUACGUACAGGACAUUGCCAAAAAUUUCAAGAGAAGAUUUUGAGUUGAUUUUUGAUGAGCUGGAUGACAGUCACGACUUCAAGAUUAAUAUGGAUGAAUUUGCUGACCUUUGCCACGCCAUCGCAAUGCAAUUUCAAAAAGAAGAUUCUCCUUCUUGCUUUGAAAAAUUUCCAGCAUUCUACCAUUCGUGCAUGUCUGAAAAGCUGAAGGCUUUUGUUCAAGGCCCCAUGUUUGGAUACGUAGUGGCCUUCAUUCUCAUCUUGAAUCUAGUUGCUGUUAUUAUCGAAACAACGCUUGAUAUAGAGAAUAAUUCUGCUCAACAAGUUUGGCAAAAAGUGGAGUUUGUCUUUGGGUGGUUAUAUGUUGUGGAAAUGGCACUAAAAAUCUAUGCAUAUGGGUUUGAGAACUAUUGGAGGGAUGGUCAAAACCGUUUUGAUUUCUUUAUCACGUGGGUCAUAGUUAUCGGCGAAACAGCAACUUUCUUGUCCCCUGAUGAUUCCUCUUUUCUUUCAAACGGGGAAUGGAUCCGUUAUCUUAUACUUGCAAGAAUGUUACGAUUUUUUAGGCUCCUGAUGCAUGUCCAACGUUACCGUGCCUUCUUAGCCACAUUCUUGUCUCUCAUACCAAGUUUAAUGCCAUACUUGGGGACCAUAUUUUGCGUCAUGUGCAUCUAUUGCUCUCUUGGUGUACAGAUAUUUGGUGGUAUAGUCCAUGCUGGGAACCCUAAACUUGACGGAACAGGCCUUGAUGAGAAUGACUACCUACUUUUCAAUUUCAAUGACUACCCAAAUGGGAUGGUAACACUAUUCAACUUACUAGUGAUGAAUGAUUGGCAAGUAUGGAUGCAGAGUUACACAGACUUGACUGGAACUUCUUGGACAUAUAUGUACUUCAUUAGUUUCUAUCUAAUAGCGGUGCUGCUGCUUCUGAGCUUGGUCGUAGCAUUUGUAUUAGAGGCUUUCUUUGCUGAAAUGGAGCUUGAAACUUCAGAGAAAUGUGAAGACCCGGAGCAGGAAGGGGGAGGAAAGUCAAGGCGACGUUAUAUCGGGCCAAAAUCAAGUAGUGAGAGAGUUGAUGCUCUCCUCCACCAUAUGUUAAGCUCUGAGCUGGUUGAAACGGAGAGAGCCGUUCCAUAAAUUUAUGCAUCUCCGUACAGGCGUUCGGGAAGUAGAGAAGCAAGAUGGAUUGAGAAAGUAUGUUCGCUAACUUUGUGUUCCUAUAUUGCCGUGUGAAUACAAAAACACUUUUUGGAUGACACUCCCGGAGUCUAUUGAGUGUGUCUGAAGCUUGAAUCAUCAUCCAUCUUGGCUUUUGGCAUACCAGGGUGUUAUGAUUCGUCAUCUUUUUUGUCUUUUUGCGUACAAAUUCAAUGAAAUGAACGGCACUCUACCAUUUCUCUCUCCAUCUUAUCCCCACAUACUUUUGUUCCGUCUUUUUUUUUCUUGUAUUUUUCUCCUGCUGUCUAAACCAGUGUUUUUCCUUUCUGUUGCAUUUGAUUGCUGAGCUCAGUAUUGCCGUUACAUUUUGGGUUGUCAAAUAUGUAUGAUCUUUAAGCAGUUGCAAUCGAAUGUGGAUAAGAAUACCUCUCUGUGGUGAAUGAAUUGUGGAUUCUUGUCUUACUC